AUGGCCGAGUCACAGAAUAAGGUUUUUGCCGCCUUUUGGUACUCCAUCAUAGGCCGUCUCCUUUGCACCAACAGUAGAAACGAAGAUCAGAAGGAGGAAAAAAGUGGAGUUCAGAUUUUUGAUCUUCACAGUUUGAUUCCUUAUCAACCAAUGUUUGCGUCAUUGGCGUUCACAACUGAAGCCAUGAGGCUGUUGGAGGAAGAGCAGUUUCUUCAGUUGAAUAAGAAAGAGAAGGACCCGUUGAAGCCGAAGCAACUGAUGUCUGCGUUUUUCAUGUUCAGAAAUGAGCGAAGAGCAGAGAGCAAGAGUGGUUGGGAGAACAGAGAGAAAGAGCUAGAAAAGAAAGACAAGAAGAAGAAAGGUUUCCCUCAAAUCAUAUGGCUUAAAGAUCAGUGGAGGAAGAGCAAGAAAGAAAAGGAUCAGCAACCAAUGUCUCCGUUUUUGGCGUUCACAACUGAAGCCAUGAGGCUGUUGGAGGAAGAGCAGUUUCUUCAGUUGAAUAAGAAAGAGAAGGACCCGUUGAAGCCGAAGCAACUGAUGUCUGCGUUUUUCAUGUUCAGAAAUGAGCGAAGAGCAGAGAGCAAGAGUGGUUGGGAGAUUGCAAAGCAAAACAUGGAAAACAAAGAGGCAAGGAAGAACUUGUUGGAAAAGAGGCCGGGAAUUAAUGACUCUACCCUUAAUGCCCUCAUUUCAGUGAAAUGGAAGGAAUUGAGUGAAGAAGAUAAGCAAACCUGGAAUGAAAAAGCUACAAGAGCCAAGGAGUCAAGAUGGAAUUGGAAGAGUAUAACAAAUCUGCACAAAGAGGCAAGGAAGAACUUGUUGGAAGAGAGGUCGGGAAUUAAUGACUCUACCCUUAAUGCCCUCAUUUCAGUGAAAUGGGAGGAAUUGAGUGAAAAAGAUAAGCAAACCUGGAAUGAAAAAGCUGCAGGAGCCAAGUGUCACGCCCCGAGAAUUUCUGUGACACAAGAAGUAGUGUUUGAGGUGUGCCGCAGGCGCUGGAAGGUUCCAGAAGGUGUGAGAACGGGCUAG